CUCUUAGAUAAGAACUGUCAAAUGCUUCAACAAUUCCUGAAAACAAUUCUACAUUUAUGUGAAACAACAUUUCAGGAUACUAGUGAAUUAACAUCAACAAUGUCAUCAGAAUCUCUUAAUAGUUAUAAAAGCACUAAUAAUGAUGAAGAUGACUAUAAAAAUAACAUCAAACUUGAAAAUGAUAUCGAACUUGAAAAUAAUAUUGAACUUGAUAAAAAUAAUAUUGAACUUGAAAAUAAUAUUGAACUUGAUAAAAAUAAUAUUGAAUUUGAUAAAACUAAGAAAAACCAAGAUAGCCAAGAUGAGGAUAUUGACUAUAGUGAUAUCGAACCUGAAAAUCUCUCUAAUGAUA